UCUCCAUGGUAACGCAGCCGCCGCCAUAGCGCUAUCUUCGGUUUGUUUUCAGCAGCAGCUUUACAAACGGAUUUCUCCUCCGUUAAACCAUGAAAGGUGUAAAAUAUGGUUCUCCUCCAGAUGUUCCAGCUCAGACUGAGUCUCCGGAGAAACUCAGCGGCGCAGCGGUUCUGUGACACUUAAAGGUUUAUCUUCAGAAAGACACAAUGGAGGUUCUGUCCAUCUGGCAGCUGUCCAUCCCUCUACCUGCAGUUCUGAUGAUCACAGUCGGUCUGUACAUGGUGGUUCUGGGGGUCGGACUGUGGAUCCGUUACUGCCUCAAGGACUGCUGCUCCUCGUAUUGCACCGACUGCUGUCCCAGCGUCUCCGUUUGUGAUCAGUGCUUCAGAUUUGCUGCGAUGUGCGACUGUAAGCUGCCGACCGUGGACUCCCUCCUGCCUUCGUGUUCUUCUCCUUCUUGUGAUCGGUGGGACUGUGCCUGCACCUGUCAGCCUCCAGAGUGUGAAUCCUGCAACUGUCUCUGCUUCGAGAUCAGGAUCAAGUAGAGGAGGAUUUACCGCAAACGUGAUUUUACAUUCAGUCGAGUUUACAGAGACAUGAAGGUCUGCAUCAACGAGAGGAAACAUCAGAUCGCCUUUAAAGUGCCUUCAGUUCUGAUGAGAAUCUGUGUUUACACUCCAGGAUUCAGGGUCUGCAUGAGGAUCCAGGAACUUUCUGCAGCUAAAACCUUCUGUGACUUUUUAACCUUCCUGUUGUCUUCAUAAAACCAUCUCCUAUUACUUGGCUGUGAUUGUGCUAUUUAUAAGAACAUGUGGGUGUUUAUUCAAGUCACAGUGUUGUUUUUUUUAAAAUUAUUUUUAACCCUCCUGCUGUCUUUAUUUACAGGCACCAAAAAAUAUUGUUUCCUUGUCUGAAAAAAAAUCCAAAAAUUCAGCAAAAAAAUUCCCCAAAUUUCUGAAAAUUUGCAAAACCUUGAAGAAGAAAAUUACAAUAAUUCCUUAAAAAUUUCCCUUAAAAGUUUUGAAAAAAAGUCCCCCAAAUUUGACAAGAAAAUUCUUCAAAAAAUGAGUAAAAAUCUUCCAAAAGAAAUCCUGAAAAGAUCUAAAGUGAUUACAUAUAUAUCAGUAAAACUUCUAAUGUUUUCUUUAAGAACAUUCACAAAUUUUUUUUAUGAAUGUUCUUAAACAUUAUUAACAUUUCUUUUUUUUACCACCAAAAAUCUUCUUUAAAGUUUGAAAAUGCUUCACAGUGAAGCUUCUGAUGUUCACAUUUUCAACAUUUUUGGGAAUUUUUUAAACAUUUUUUGGUGGAAAAAAAAAUGUUAAAAAAAUAUUUCUUUAAGAACAUUCACAAAAAAAUCAACCAAAAUCUAGCGAAAUUCGCUGGAUUUAGUUUUUUUUGUGAACAUUCUUAAAGAAAAUAUUAGAAGUUUUACUGAUAUAUAUGUAAUCAUUUUAGAUAUUUUUAGGAUUUUUUGGAAGAUUUUUUCUCAUUUUUUGAAAAUAUUUACAAGAAUUUUCUUGUCAAAUUUGUUUUUUUUUGUUUUUUUUUUUUUUUUAAAUUAAACUUUUAAGGGAAACAUUUCAGGAAUUGUUGGAAUUUUCUGAAGGUUUUGGCAAUUUUCAGAAAUUUGGGGAUUUUUUUUGCUGAAUUUUUGCAUUUUUUCAGACAAGGAUACAAUAUUUUUUGGUGCCCGUAAAUGAGGACAACUGGAGGGUUAGAAGACAGCAAGCUCAGAUCUGUUGGCACAGAAUCAACAUUUUCAUCUCAGCUGCCACAGAAGCAGAAACAGUUCCUCCUUUACAAACAGAAAAGAAACAGGGACUAUUUUCAGUGGCGGAUUAAUCCACGUUUGUGACAGCAGGAUGGAAUUAAAUGUUUUUAUGUGUUAAAGUGACUUACUGUGGAAUCUGGUGUUGAUAUUCUGUAAAUAAAAAUCCAGAAGAUCAACAGUUUAUUCCUAAGUGUUCAGAAAAAAGGUAGCUUUGUGCUUUUAUUUUAUACAAUCUGUUUUUUAAGGUUUUUAUUAAAUUCAAAAACACUUCAAAUCUAGGAGUCUUUGUUUUCUUCUCCACUCUGUCCACAGACUGGGAUCAAUGGGAUAAGAUAAAUAACAGUAGGGUUUUAUCCCCAAUAAUUACACUUCUUUUUUUUCCCAUUGGAAACAAUUUGACUUGACAAAAAGCAUCUUUCAGCAGCACAAAAUUAAUAUUUCAUAUAAUACUGUAGAGCCGUAAUAUUCAGUAUAGUGAGAUAAAUUUGCAUAAUUACCCCUCGUGUCGUCCUGCGGGUCAAAUUGACCCGUUUUAAAGUUUGAAAAUGUGGAAAAAAAUAUAUUUUCACAGUGAAACUUCUGAUGUCCACAUUUUCAACAUUUUUGGGAAAUUUUUGAACAUUUUUUGGUGGAAAGAAAAUGUUUCUUUAAGAACAUUCUCAUAAAAAUCAACCAAAAUCCAGCGAAUUUCGUUGGAUUUUGUUCUUUAAAAAAGUUGGAAGUUUUAUUGAUGUAUAUGUAAUCACUUUAGAUAUUUUUUGGGGCUUUUUUUGGAAGAUUUUUCUCAUUUUUUGAAAAUAUUGACAGGAAUUUUCUUGACAAAUUAGUUUUUUUUUAAAAUAAACUUUUAAGGGAAACUUUUAAGGAGUUAUUGGAAUUUUCAGAAAUUUGGGGAAUUUUUUGCUGAAUUUUUGUAUUUUUUCAGACAAGGAAACAAUAUUUUUUGGUGUCCAUAAAUAAAGACAACAGGAGGGUUACAGGUAACAGUGUAGGAUCUCAAUCUCUGGUAAAGUUCAUUUUUUUACAUUAUUGUUGGGUCUGAACCUUAAUAAUCAAUUUAUUCAGGUAAAUUAGCAUUUUGGCUUUAAUAUUUCACUUUAUUUUGUUACUUGUUAUGUCAAUCUUAUUUCUUGGCUGCAAAGCAAAGUCUGUUCUUUAAAUGUUGUAAGUAUUAAGUCUAUUUUGAAAAAAAACCCUGAAAGUUAGAAGUAAAUGUUGGCAUAAUACAAAUCAUACAAAAUAACUUUUUUUGUCAAAUCACGCUGCAUUUUGUUUUACAUUGAGUUUCUGAAUUAAACACAGUUAAAAUUCCUACAGGAUGUUUUUUUUCUUCCAUGCCUUGAAUCAAAUUGAUAAGUUUAAUCAACUUUCGCGUCAUAUUCUUAACAUGCUUCAUCAUACAUAGGACCAAGUGACACAUGAAGCUUUUGUCGGCUCAAAACUUCAUCUUUGAAUUCUCAUGUUAAUCUCCAUAAUUAAUGAUGCUGUAGUGUCUCAGCCUUAAAAUGUAUCAUGGUCGGGUAAAGUAGAGUUUUGUACCCUAAUUUGUAAAUUUCUCAAAUGAAAUCACACCAUAAAUAAACACUGGUCGUCUUAACCCCAA